AUGUGAGAUGAUGGUGAUGAUGGGGGAGGGAGAGGGAGAGGGAGAGGGAGGGGGUGUUGAUGAUGAUUAGGAAAUAAUCUGAGAGGGAAACUAUAAAAACUGACUGCCGCGGUUCCUGCCACCCAACCCAACCCAUCGCCAUCCAAUCCCAACCAUUUCGCUCCUCUUCCUUCGCUCUUUCUUUUCAUGGAAUCCCCAGCUCGCUGCAGCUCGGUCAUCAUCGUCGGGGCUGGUAUUUCCGGUUUGUCAGCGGCUAAGGUGCUGGCGGAGCACGGCGUCGACGACGUCGUCAUCCUGGAGGCGUCGGACCGGAUCGGAGGCAGGAUCCGGAAGGCUGAAUUCGGGGGUGUGUCGGUGGAGCUCGGCGCAGGCUGGAUCGCGGGCGUCGGCGGCCGUGAGCCCAACCCCGUUUGGGAACUCGCCCGGAAAUCCGACCUCCGGACCUGCUUCUCCGAUUACAGCAAUGCGCGCUACAACAUUUACGACCACAGUGGGAAGAUUUUUCCGAGCGGACUCGCCGCUGACUCGUACAGGAAGGCGGUGGACUCGGCCAUACAGAGGCUCCGGACUCAGGAGGCCAACCUCGACGCCGAUUCCUCUAAACCUUCCGAACCGCUAUCGGUUCCGAAAACGCCAAUAGAACUGGCCAUCGAUUUCAUCCUGCACGACUUCGAAAUGGCAGAGGUUGAACCCAUAUCGACUUAUGUGGACUUUGGGGAGAGAGAGUUCUUGGUUGCGGAUAAGCGAGGAUACGAGCAUUUACUGUACAAGAUGGCAGAAACUUUUCUGUUAACCUCCGAGGGUAAAAUCGUGGACAAUCGCCUGAAGCUUAACAAGGUAGUUCGAGAAUUACGGCACUCAAGGAGUGGUGUUAGGUUGGUGACGGAGGAUGGAUCUGCUUACGAAGCUAAUUACGCGAUUUUGUCUGUUAGCAUCGGCGUCCUGCAAAGCAACCUUAUCUCCGUCACCCCACCCUUCCCCAAUUGGAAACUGGAGGCCAUUGAGAAAUGUGAUGUGAUGGUGUACACAAAGAUCUUCUUAAGAUUUCCAUACAAGUUCUGGCCUUGUGGAGCCGAAAAAGAGUUCUUUAUAUAUGCCCACGAGCGAAGAGGCUACUACACAUUCUGGCAGCACAUGGAGAAUGCAUUUCCCGGGUCCAAUAUUCUUGUGGUGACACUGACAAAUGGAGAAUCUAAACGCGUUGAGGCUCAGUCAGACCAAGAAACUCUUAAAGAAGCCAUGGAGGUGCUAAGAAACAUGUUUGGGCCCCACAUACCCGAUGCCAGUGAUAUUCUCGUGCCUCGCUGGUGGAACAACCGCUUCCAGCGGGGCAGCUACAGCAACUACCCCAUCUAUUUCAAUCAACAAAUCAUUAAUAACAUCAAGGCACCGGUUGGACGGAUUUUCUUUACCGGAGAACACACAAGCGAGAGAUUUAAUGGUUAUGUUCAUGGGGGUUACCUUGCAGGUAUAGACACUGGCAAGGCCUUGUUAGAAGAAAUAAGGAGUGAAGGAAGAAAGAAUGAAAAUCCAACUUUGCUGCUAGAACCCUUCUUAGCGAUAACCGGGUCACUAACAUCCGCGCAGGCAGCCGCAGAAGCAGUAUCAAGCCUCCACAAAUGUGAGAUUCCCAGGCAACUCUUCCUCAGCAGCAACAAUCAUGGACUUCCAGAGGCCAUCUUGUGACUAGAGGAAUCGCUCCAUGAACCGUGCUUCGACCACCGCCCAUUCGACAAAGAGUUCCCAAAGGGUGUGAAUGGGAGUUCUGCUGGGGAGGGAGGCUGUGAAUUCACGCCAUAGACAAGGCCAACAAAAUUGACACGAGAAAAAGAAGAAGAAAAACAGCAAAGAAUGGAUAUGGAAGAAAAAGACGAAGAAGAAGAAGAAGAAGAACUGCAAAGGGGCAUAGGCUGUAGGAAACAAAUGCUUAUUCUGUUGUGUUGGGGAAUGCAUUGGAUUUUCAAGAGGUUGGCAAUGGAGGGAGGGAAUGUAUUGGAUUUAAAUUGUAUUGCUGACUUGAUCAAAUACAAAUGAAUUUACUGUCUUCUUUGACGUCAUUGAAC